UUUUAAAUAACUAAAAAGGAUCAACACCAGAGAGAAGAAAAAAGGGUUUGAAAAUUCUUCAGUAUUCUCAGAACUUACAACCAUGGCUGCUGAAUCUCCUACUUCUGUUCGUAAAGUGGUUGUUCACCUCAGAGCCACCGGUGAUGCUCCUAUUCUCAAACAAUCCAAAUUCAAGAUCGCUGGAACUGAUAAAUUUGCCAAAGUGAUAGAGUUUCUUCGCAGACAGCUCCACAGGGAGACAUUGUUUGUAUAUGUCAACAGUGCUUUUUCACCAAACCCUGAUGAACUGGUUGUUGAUUUGUAUAAUAAUUUUGGUUUUGAUGGAAAACUGGUUGUCAACUACGCAUGUUCUAUGGCAUGGGGCUAACACUAAAUGACGGUUGCUGAUUGAUAUUGAUAUACUUGCUCUACACAUUUCAAAUUGUGAAUACAUCAAACUCAAGACUUCAAUUGCAUACAACCAAACUACACUAUUUCUCGUGAACUUGAAGGUUCCUCCGGCAAGAUAGAAACGGAACAAAAACUGACACGGUACUCUUGUUAAUUUUCUGGUUUGAGAUACCUUUUAGGAGUGUAUUUACAUAUUGGAAUCACCCUUUUAAUUUUAUUCAUUCAUGUCAAUAUAGUUAUGUUAUGGAUGAUGAUAGCGUAUGGACUCAUAUGCUUGUUGAAAUGAUAAUCUUUAUAAAUCUUUAGCCAAUAAUUUUAUUGAAUUUAAACCCUGAAGAAGUCAACCAUAGUUUAAUAAUUUAACACUGCAAUAUCAAACAAGUGUCAUUAGUAAGACCUUUGCAAUUUGUCUCCAUGCAUGAAUGAACAAUGGUCACUGAAAAGCAUGUGAUUCAUUGAUUGAAUUCACUGCGAAGCGCGUGACGAAAGUAACUCACAUUGGCCUGAAUUGAAGCAACUCAGUCAAGUGAUGACUUAUUUGGUUUGAUAUUCAAAGUCUGCUAUCUGCAUGGGCUUCAAUGCAAUGAUGCAGCAAACAGAUAAGUUUAUGAAUAGCAUCCAACAUAAAAACAAACGAUAACGCCGAUUCGGAGUUUUCUAAGUUUCCUUCCUAAUUUACCACAACUUCCCUCCCAAUGAAAUCAAUAUUAGUAUUUUCUUAUGGAAUUAUCUGUGUUUGUGUGUAUACAUGUUGCAGAGUUUUAGUCCAACCAUAAUGUUGCAUAUUUUUGGAUAUUUGAUGAGUAUGAUGAAUCCAAAAAAUGAACUAAAAUUAUGGAAAUGUAGAGAUAAAGGACAAGUUGAAAAGAAGUGAUGUUGUUGGUUAUCUAGUUGCACUGUUCACACUUCACAGUGGAUCUGGACCAAUUGCCAUCACUGCAAUCACCACUGACCUAUAACCAUCCAUGCAAUGCAGUUGCAAGUGGUAACCAGUUCUACCUAUUGGUUCCAUUCGGUCCAAUUGAAACCAAUCACACAUUUAUUUGAGUCAAAUUAUUUGUCCAAUUCUUAAGUGAAAGAUAAGUCUUGAUAUAGAUAGGAAUAAAUAUGUAUAAAUUUUUUGCAUGCAAACGUUAUUACACCUCUUAAAUCACCAUGCUUUCAAGUUCAAACAUUUUUCUUUUCUCUUUUUAUAAUACAAAUUAUUUCAUUUUAUUUAUAGCAGAACUACACCGCCUUAAGAAGUCAAGAUAUGAAUUGUUUGAAUUAAAAGACAAAAUCAAUUCAAUAUCGUGAUAAAUAAGUUUAAGCACAACAACUGCGUAGGUAUUUUCAGGUUGAGGGUUUUAAAAGCCAAAAUAUAUUUUUUAAAUAAAGAUAAAUUAUUUAAUAAAAAAAAAAAGAGACAUAAAAUCUAACUCAUCAAAUUAAAUAUUUAAAUUAAAUAAUUAAUAAAAAUGCUACUUGAAUAUUUCGCCCAAAAAUAAUUUUAAUGUAUUUAG